ACAUCACAGACACGCCCAGGCUGCGUAUGUCUACGUCAUCGCGUCGUUUUACGUUCCGCAGGCGCUCCGGUUUGCUGGCGGAGAAGAUGGCGGCUCCUGGACCGGGGGAGUAUUUCAGCGUCGGGAGCCAUGUCUCCUGCCUCACCUGCCUGGGCCAACGAUUGCAGGGAGAAGUGGUCGCCUUCGACUACCAGUCCAAGAUGCUAACUCUGAAAUGUGCUUCCUCCAGCGGUAAGCCAAACCUCAACGACGUCAUCCUGAUCAACUUAGCCUAUGUUUCUGAGGUGGACAUAAUUAAUGACCGCUCUGAGACUCCGCCCCCACUAGCAUCACUGAAUGUUAGUAAGCUUGCCAACCGCGCACGGACAGAAAAGGAGGACAAGCUGUCUCAAGCCUAUGCAAUCAGUGCUGGGGUUUCUGUGGAGGGCCAGCAGCUAUUCCAGACUAUUCACAAAACCAUCAAAGAGUGUAAAUGGCAGGAGAAAAACAUUAUCGUGAUGGACGACGUCGUCAUCUCGCCGCCUUAUCAAGUUGACAACUGCAAAGGCAAAGAGGGAAGCGCUUUAAGUCAUGUACGCAAAAUAGUGGAGAAACAUUUUCGGGAUGUGGAAAGUCAGAAGUCCCUGCAACGUUCACAAGCACAGCAAACACAGAAGGACUCCACUUUAUCUUCUUGAGUUGGCAGGGUUGGGUGGAGCGGGAACGCUGGAGCUUCCGGUCCCUCUGCCAGACCAAGUCGGCAUUCCUUGCCCUCUGUCCGAGUCCGUGUGGAGGAGCGCUGAGGGCCCCGGAGCCACCAUUUAAAGAAAAAAAGAAAAAAAAGAAAAGAUGAAAUCUUAAAUUAGACUUUAUAAAGAAUAAUUUAAACCUGAACCAUGAAGCGACUUAGUUUCCAUAACUAACGUGUCUCACCUUCGUCCUCCAUCGCCCUCCCGUCCUUCCCUUCUGUCCCCGAAGACUUUUCUUUCUCCACCUCCUUUUUUUGCCUUCGGUUCCAUUGGAAAAGAGAAAAGUAGAUCAGUCAGAAAAGCUUGUUAGCUUUAUUUUCCGUCAUGUUUCCUCUUGUUUUUGCUGUAUCAUGUCGACUGUCUGUAUUUUCUGUAUUUUAAAACAAAAUGUGACUUGAAGCGCCACAAUUUAAGGACAUUUUCUAAAAUAAAAGUAACAAAAAUUCUGACUGUAA